AUGGCGUCGGCCUCGGGAGGUGGCAGGGUGAAGUGCUGCGCUCUCGCGGCCGUGGCGGGAAGCUGCGCCGUGAAAGGAGGGGGCGAGGGCGCAGGCACCUGGCGUGCGGCUGGGCGGCGUGGCGCGGCGCGCGAUGGCAUUGUGUCGAGUGCUUCAGCGGAGAACGCUGAUCUUCGAGAGGAACGCGGCGGGAACCGUGUUUCGUUGUGGGCGUCCAAGUGUAAUGCUGGUCGUGGCCUGGAGGCACUGAUCCGUGCACGCCCCCGCUCCGCCGCCGCCACCGCCUCCGUCGCCUCUUCCGACGCCGCCGCCGUCGCCUCCGCCUCCGCGUCCGCCGCCGCCGCCGCCCUAGUCUUCGCAGUCUCCGCCGCCGCCGCCGCCACCGCCGCCGCCGACGUCAUGAGGGAGGAGGAGCUAGAGAUCGCCAUCAAGGUAAAUAAUGGAACUUUCUGUAAUGAUCACGUCAUUUCCUCAGAGGCUACCAUAAAACGAAGAGAGAGGCUGGACGGCGAGGAGGUGCGGCUGAUGCUGUGGGACACGGCCGGCCAGGAGGAGUUCGACGCCAUCACCAAGUCCUACUACCGCGGCGCGCAGGCGUGCGUUGAAGAUGAAUGUGGAGAAAUUCCUACAGUCCUGGUACAGAACAAAAUUGAUUUGGUGGACCAAAAAGAAGCAGAUUUAUUAGCGCGUGCCCUGGGCUGUCGACUGUUGCGCACCUCAGUGAAGGAAGAUAUCAAUGUGAAUGCUGUUUUCCAUCACUUGGCUGCCAGUUGUUUGGCUGAGUUACAUGAGCAAGAAGAAGAGUAUAGUUCAUUUAGCCCAAUGAGCCAAAAUGGCAAGAAUCAUUAUGGUAAUGAGACAAUUGUUUUACAAUCAACGAAGCAAAAGAGUCACAAAAAGAAAAACGUGCUGCGAAAUGCCUGCAGAAUAUUAUGAUACUUCAACGAACAGCAUUGGUUCUGAGCAAUGCUCCAAUAUAAUGAACAGUUAUGUGAACUGAAACGAAUAUUGGUGCUAAUUGAGUAUAUCUGCAAACUAACAGUUUUAUGAACGCAGUUAGAAGGAGUUUAUAUGUUGAUGAAUGAUGACUGAAUUAGUUACAUUGUGAAAUAUAGGGAAAGUGAAGAUAGUUUUCCAUUGUAUAUUUGACACGUAGUGACUCUGGUCAGAAGACAUCUCAAUGAACAUUCAUCAGUGUUCUAUGCAGAUUUCUUCACAUGUACUUGGUUUAUGAAUGAGCAACCAUCUCCUGGGGAGAGCUUGCAGACGUUAGUUUUAUGACUGUCGAAUGAAUGGUGUAUGUUUGUAAGGGAUACAAAUACAUAGUCUUCUCCAGGGCUUCUAUAUACACAUGUAUAUUAUACUCAUUUAAAAGUUUUACUUACCGAAGAGUUUUUGUAAAAAAAAUAUUAUUUUCUCUAAAUGAAUCUGUUUUUAAACAGAUUCCACUGUCUGUACAGAAAUAACAAAAAAAUUGUUCUUGUAAACUUCAUUGCAAAUUAAAGACUUGUGACAGUUGAAAAUAAAUAUACCCAAAGAACAUAUGUCCUUCUAGAUUAUUUCUUUGUGUGUAAUAUAGGAUAUGUUAAGUUCCUUAACCCUAACAAGUGCUCCUAAUAAAU